AUGGCGGAGCAGUGCCAGUGCAGCGCGGCGUUUGACUGCACCUCCCAGCCAGCAGCCUGCUGCCCCGACUGGAUGGCAGGGCUCCCUGAUGCCCUGCCCCUCUCCCACAUCUCCAUCCCUGGCACCCACGACUCCCUCAGCCUGUUUGGCGGCCGCCGCCUUCGCUGCCAGAGCUGGGACCUGGAGGCCCAGCUGGCGGCUGGCGUCCGCUUCCUGGACGUGCGCUGCAGGCUGGUGCGGGGCGAGCUCCACGUCUACCACCUCUGCACCUUCCAGCGGGCCAGCCUGCGAGGCGUCCUGCGCCGCACUCUGCGCUUCCUCCGCGCCCACCCCGGCGAGGCAGUGCUCAUGCGCAUCAAGGAGGAGCUGCCCCUCUUCUCCCGGCCUGGCUUUGCCGCCUGGCUACGCCGCUGCUUGCUGGAGGAGGGACAGGACCGCGUGUGGUGCAGGGAGGAGGUGCCGACGCUGGGCCAGGUGCGGGGCAAGAUCGUGGUGCUGGAGGCACUGGCGCGGGAGGUGCUGGGCAUCCCCUACGAGCAGCUGAGCAUCAGCGACGCCUGGAACGUGCUGUCUCUGGAGCGCAAGUGGGCUCGGGCUCAGCGGCACCUGGAGAGGGCAGCCGCUGGGGACCACGCCACCAUGCACCUCACCUUCUGCUCCGGGAAUGGGCUCUUCACCUGCCCUGAGGACGUGGCCCGCUUCGUGAACCCCCGCUGCUACCAGCACCUGCAGCGCCGGAGGGGGCAGCCCAUGUGCUGGGGGGUGGUCAUCCUGGACUUCCCCGGGGCAGGGCUCCUCCGGCUCAUCAUGGAGAGCAAUGCUCCGUGGGCCAGCAGGCACGGCAAGGCAGCUCCUGGCGCCCCCUUGCGGCACCCCUGCGGCAGAGGCGGCGGAGGCCGCAGGCGGCGCAGCUCGGCUCACCAUCCGCGCCGCUGCCCGUCGGGGCGGAUGCUGCGCCCAGCGCCAUGCCUCUGCCGAAGGACUUCAGCAGCCGCGAAGCAAAAGCGGGUUCCUAGCUCUGGCUGA